CCGGUGGCCGCCGUGGUUUUGGUCGCCGCUGCAGUUUUCCAGCUCGCGUUUUGAGGCCCUGCGACUUUCCACGGACGCUUUACUGCCGCUGUUGGAGCCGGGGUGGAACUUCCUGUCAUGGCCGCUCUCUUUGGGCUUAUUUGGGUGUCCUUCCUGUUGUUGGCCUGCCAGUGUCUUUCUUCUCAAAGUGGUUUCAGAGAAGAUGCUUCAAGUAGGUACCCCGGGGUACUGGAUCCACAAGCCUUCACCCAAGAUCAGGACUCUGUUGCUCCAAACCUUGGCACCGAAGACGGACAACACCGGAACUUACUCCCCCAAGCCCACAACGAGUCAGAUGAAAGUCCGCCUCAGCAUCAAGAUUCUAGAUUCCAGCACCCGUUUAACCUUCUAGUACAGGAGCAUAUGAAAGGCACAGCUGUGGAAGGAAUCAGUUUUACAGACAUAGGAAAUCUCAAGCAGUUUACAGAAACCUUAAAAAGCUCCUUUUUGAUUCCUGGUCAGGACUUGUCCCAUUUUCAAACCGCAAGGGGUGUGAUGCUGAAUGAAAUAGCUGAAAGACGCUCCUCCAAAGAAGACAAUGACGACGACGAGGUCUGGAAUCAACCUUUGAGUUCGGUGGAUGGACAAAGUGAAAAUGACGUAGGCUAUCUUGUCUCGAGUCCAGGUGUCUCCCUGCUUGAUUCCGACAACUCCGUGAGUGGACGCUUUCCCGAGAUGCACAACAGGUCCGAGAGCCGUGGCAGAUCUGGUCAGAGUGCUUACCAAACAGGUCCUUCCAAUAUCAAAACUGGAGGUGAUUGGUGGAUAAACAACCAACGUCCUGAAAACCCCCAACUUCCAGCUAACUCUUUACGUGAAGAGAAUGCUCCCUUAAGUCCCCGUGGUACGAAUCCACUCCACGUCCGCCGUGUAGCUAGCCCAAUGGCCAAACGAAGUUCUAUCAAGAGGCUAAAGAAGCCACCGAUUCAAAGCAAAAUGGCACCGUCUCAACAAGGUUCCUAUGCUGAAAGUGUCUACGUCAAAGUGCCAAGAAGCCCUAUUGCGUCGCGGGUACACAUGCCAAAUGGACGGUCCAAGCAAAAGCUUCAGACCGCCGCAGCAAAAGACAUCAGUUCCAGAGCUCAGAAACCUACAGACCAGUCAUCCCACAGUUCCGGAGUUCUCGGCCAACGUCAGCUCCUGCGUGAGCCAGUCAACUUUUUCUCUCCUCGUGACAGACUUGUCCGACACGAUCGACCGACACUCGAGAUCCGCAAACCACGUCCCUCUCCGCAGAAGCUCGACGCUCAAAAUCAACAAUCACGAGGAUGGCAUCAACGUGACCCCAAUUCCAUUUCUCAAAGGUUACAUUCAGUCCAGCAUAGAGUUGCAUCCAGGAAAUAUCCCAAGCCCAAUACGAAAGCCUCCUGGUUGCACGCCACGCAACCGAAAAUCCCGCAGGCAAACGGGAUCUCCAGACUCCCUACCCCACAGCGCCCUACGCACACGUUCCACCGAGCGCUUCCUGUUCACAGAGUCCCCAAAUGGCCAAUGUCACGUGGGAAGAAACUUGGCUUCCAGUCCAGAAGCAGCUACGUUCGAAGCAACGUAGUUUUCUCCAAGAGCCAGUACACUCCACGCAAACGAGUGUUUACCAGAGGCCAGGACGCCCAAGAGCCGUGGAGACUUGAACGCAGCACCCUCGUGUCCCGCAAUGCACGAGAAGCCCCAAACUCCACGUGACGCCUCGGCUACAAAAUGCUUCACAUUCGCGUGAUGUGCAGGUUUUACUGUUAAUAACUAUCGUGCUUAAAAAGAAAAAUCUAAACAGGACACGGGUGUGGCUAGUGACUGACAAAUCUGGAAAAAUGACUCAGUGCUUACUUACUAAGUAUAGAUGCUCAAAAAAUGUCAACGGGAUACUCUAAAAUGUACUUUAAGUGUAACGGUAACAAAUAUUUCAUUCAAUGAAGUCACAACAGCGGGGAAAAGAACUUCUCUGCACGCAAUAGUUUCACUUUAAGAUGCGUAUUGUUCCUAAAAAUAUAAAAGGUGGGGGGGGGGAGAGAC